AUGAGUGGAAACAACCCUCUGAAGAAGCUUGUCACCAUCCAAACCACUUUAAAGAAGAUUAUGAUGCGAAUAACUAACAUAGAAGAGCAGAUAGAGCAAGAGGAGCGCGAAAAGGCGCGGUGUAUGAUAGGGAUUACCCGAAGCAUUAUGAAGAGACAUAUAGAGCAGAACAAAACUUUGGAGCGUGAGCUAGCAAUUCUUAUGAUGGUGGACGAACGUCUCACAAACCAAGCGAAUGCUAAUGAAAAACUUAGUAGAGAACUCGUCAGCCUCGUGACGUACUUCAAAGACGCAGUGAUCCCAAGAGAGAGGCAGCUGGCUCCUGUGUUCGUGCCGGCCAUGACGCCCCAGACCGCCCAGGUGAUUCAGAAGGCUCCGGCUCCAAGGCCGCUUUCUCACAUUCGGCAGAUCACGCAUUUGAACAGUUCGGUAGGGUCUUUCAUUACAACCACAGCAACGCCUGUUACGAAAGACGUAUCAAAGUAA